UGGGCCCGCUACUGGGCAGCGGCGGCUUCGGCUGGGUGUACUCAGGCAUCCGUGUCUCCGACAACUUGCCGGUGGCCAUCAAGCACCUGGAGAAGGACCGGAUUUCCGACUGGAGAGAGCUGCCCAAUGGCACCCGAGUGCCUAUGGAAGUGGUCCUGCUGAAGAAGGUGAGCUCGGGCUUCUCCGGCGUCAUUAGGCUCUUGGACUGGUUUGAGAGGCCCGACAGUUUCGUCCUGAUCCUGGAGGUCCCGGUGCAAGACCUCUUCGACUUUAUCACGGAAAGGGGGGCCCUACAAGAGGAGCUGGCCCGAAGCUUCUUCUGGCAGGUGUUGGAGGCGGUGCGGCACUGCCACAACUGCGGGGUGCGCGACAUCAAGGACGAGAACAUCCUUAUCGACCUCAAUCGCGGCGAGCUCAAGCACAUCGAUUUCGGGUCGGGGGCGCUGCUCAAGGACACCGUCUACACGGACUUUGAUGGGAGCCGAGUGUAUAGUCCUCCAGAGUGGAUCCGCUACCAUCGCUACCAUGGCAGGUCGGCAGCUGUCCGGUCCCUAGGGAUCCUGCUGUACGAUAUGGUGUGUGGAGAUAUCCCUUUUGAGCACGACGAAGAGAUCAUCAGGGGCCAAGUGUUCUUCAGGCAGAGGGUUUCUUCAGAGUGUCAGCAUCUCGUUAGAUGGUGUUUGGCCCUGAGACCAUCAGAUAGGCCAACCUUCGAGGAAAUCCAGAAUCAUCCGUGGAUGCAAGAUGUCCUUCUGCCCCAGGAAACUGCUGAGAUUCAUCUCCACAGCCUAUUGCCUGGGCCCUGCAAAUAGCCUUUCUGUCAGGUCCUCCCCUCCUUGUCAGAUGCUUAAGGGAAGGGAAGCUUCUGUCUCCAGCUUCCCGAGUACCAGUGACACUUCUCGCCAAGCAGGACAGUGCUUGAUACAGGAACAACAUUUAUAACUCAUUCCAGACCCCAGGCCCCUGGAGGCUGCCUCCCAGCAGGGGGGAAGAGAGACACUCCAGGCGCCCUAGGCCUCAACCUCUCCUGUAGAUGCUCUCUCCUCAUAGGUGUCCAGCAUUGCUGGACUCCCAAAAAUUCUGGGAGUGGGAGUGGGGGUGGGUCAGAACCCUGCCACCAAACUGUUCCUUUCAUCACAAGUUCUGCUGAAUGCCGUGACGGGUGGGGUAAGGGGGGGAAACAAGUUGGGAUGGGAUAGGACUAGCACCAUUUUAAGUCCCUGUCACCUCUUCCGACUCUUCUGAGUGCCUUCUGUGGGGACUCCGGCUGUGCUGGGAGAAAUACUUGAACUUGCCUCCUUUACCUGCUGCUUCUCCAAAAAUCUGCCAGGGUUUGGUUCCCUAUUUUUCAUCCCUGUCCCCCCUGACCCUCUCCUUCAUAUGAAAGGUGCCAUGGAAGAGGCUACAGGGCCAAAUGCUGAGCCACCUGCCCUUUUUCUGCCUCCUUUAGUAAAACUCCCAGUGAACUGGUCUUCCUUUUUGGUUUUUACUUAACUGUUUCAAAGCCAAGACCUCACACACACAAAAUGCACAAACAAUGCAAAUCAACAGAAAAGCUGUAAAUGUGUGUACAGUGGCAUGGUAGUAUACAAAAGGAUUGUAGUUGAUCUAAUUUUUUAAAAAUUUUGCCUUUUAAGUUAUUUUACAUGUUUUUUGUUUUUCGUUUUGAAAAAUGCGCAUUCUAACCUGGAGGUGGAUGU